AUGACGACAUCUGACAAGUGCUGCAAAAUGGGGCAUUUCGCAAAGCGCCGUAAGAGGAUCAGGCUUUUUUUGGAGUUCUUCUGGUGCCGCAAAAGAAAAACUAUCCGGCUUUAUCUUCUCGCCGCCGGAAUUCUGUUCUUCUUAAUCUUUCCACCACUACAGCACCACAAGCAUCCACGUCAGAGGACCUGCUUCGUACAGGGACUAGACCCCGCAAAGACUGCAUCCGCGGCUGACCCGGACAAGAGUGUAGUGGCGGGCGACGACCACGAUGGAAGAUCCGUGCAAGAAAAUCUAGCUGACCUUCGGCCAUCGCGAUCACAAGCAAGUACGCGGCAAGAAGCAAAAAAGAUAAAGGAAGAAGUUGUACCGCCAGAUGCUAGCACUACAGCAACGCGCGGGCUGAAGUCUUCACAGCGAAGUAGUAGAUCCCUGCAAGAGAAGAUACAGAUGGCUAACGCCACGAUACAGCUAGACGCAACUGCCGAAGUUGUAGCUUCUCCUCGUGCUCCUGUUGAUAAAAAUGCUGGUUCCACCUCAUCUCACGACCCUUCUUUCUCCGCAUUCUUGGUGCGUAGAGAGAAAAAGGAAGACGGUGUUCUUUCGACGUCGACCCAUGAUCUUCACAAGAAACAGAAUCAACCUGCGGGUUUUGUCCAGCAACGACCACAUGAACUUCUCCGCGCGAGGACGAAAACGGCUUUCAGGAUGAAACCCGAUGGAGGAGUAACAUCAUCCCCAAGCUCUUCGAGUGGAUCGUCAGCACCAGCCCAAAAUGGCACAAAUACUAUGACGACCCUCCAAAUAUUAAACUCUCCUACAACAUCCAGCAACGAAACAGACGCUACCAUAAUUCCCGGUUCCGAAAACGAUACUACCUCUGUUCAGUCACCGGGCGGCGCAAUCGCCAACGGCACCUUGGACUCCGCGCAAGCCAAGGCGGCGGGGGAAAAAUCAGCAGCUUCUGCUUCUGCCAACAACACGACCCUUCUGAUCGGCGUUGGCGGCGUUGUGUUCGGGAUCUUGAUCGGGAUUUGUUCCAACCGCGGAACGGCUGCGAAAGCAGUAGAGAAGGACCCAGAGAAGACUCCGGAGUCGCCCGUGAUCAACAAGAGCAUGCGGAAUUUGAGCUUCGUGGAGGGCGGGAUCUUUUCAAGUAACGCCAACGCUAUGGGUUGCGAAAAUGUCUGGGUCUGGAAGAUUGCAACUUGUCAUGCUGUCCUUGGAUUCCAAAAAAAUCUGUAUUGCGUGACCAACAACAGGAGUCCAGUUUGUGUUACGCGGAGACGGCAUUUCUCAUGCGGAACAGGCAUCAGGAAGCCCUCUGAAAUCCUGUGGUGCUAGAUCAUGCAUUACAUGCGUCACGGAUCAUUCAAAAUAUGCAUCACAAGUCCCGGAAUCUUCCAGACCCAGACAUUUUUGCAUUUGAUAAACGCGUCGCUAGUACAACCCGCCGGGGCGAACGAAUCGUCUUCUGGGUCAGAGGACCAGCGGUCACCUCGCGGCCCGCAGGAAAGACGAUCUGUGAGAAGUAGUCCGGUGGGAGAGCAAAGAGGAGGACCUCCAGCGGGGCCUUCUGCAGACAGUCCUCGUGGUCCUGGCUCCGCAGGAGCUGCUCCCAGUCGACGUAAUAGCACAACCAGUGCCACCAGCUCCAGUCCCCACACGACACGCAUCAGGCCGCCGCGCGGGGGCGGCAGUGCCGGUGUAGAGGGUGAGCGGCAAGCGCCAAAUCCGGUAGUUUCAACGACGGGCGGACCAUCAUCGCCUCGUAGUCCCAAUGCAGCAAUCAAUAGCGCCACUACGGCUAUUCCGGACCCAGCGAAAAGUAAAGCAGACGUAGGAGGCCGGCGUGGCGCCGGCGCGGCGAUGCUUGGCGGCGGGACGGUGGGCAUGGGAACCAUGAUGGGAGGUCCUCUUGGUGGUGCGGCAGGAGCAGGGAAAAUUAUGACGGGGACCAUCACAGGCGGAGGCAUGUUCUUCGGGGGAAAGAGUCCAAGUUCGGCUAAAUCGAAGUCACCGGGAGGGUUUCCUGGUGCAGCAGCUACAGGCGGGGUACUCUCACCGCCCAACAAAAAUACGACAUCAAACGCGGCCGGCGGCAAAGCAACGGCGACAAGAAAAAGCGGAAGCAGCGACGAAAAAAAGGUCGCUGCGCAGGGGAACGACGGAGAGUUUCUGAUCGGGGAGGAUGAUGGAUAUGAUUAUGAAUACGGUGACGAAGAUGAUGAUCUUAUCGGGGGCGUUGACGACGAAGAGGACGAAUUUCUUGGCGGGGGCAGUACGAACAUGCCGGUGGUGGCUCCGCGGACGACACCCGGGGGGAUCGGCGGUUUUGGCGCUGCAGCAUCGAAGACAGGAGCGGCAUUCGUUGCAUCCCCUUCAGCUGCGUCCAAGAACUUCGGCACCGGGAGCGCCUUUAUGGGGGGCAAGAGCGGCAUGUUCGGCGGUCUUCAAGGGAGAACGAAGCCUCCUGGUCCUGUUUCGCCAUCAGCGCCGAGCUAUCGUGCCGCAAACAGUUCUUAGUGCUGCCGCCUCUAUAUCUGUCAAUACCAAUACAAUAGUAUUUUGAAAAAGAAAAUGGAGAUGCUCAACAAGCUCAUGGUUAUGCAGCAGCUGAUGCUGCAUGAGCAGCGGCUCUAUUGCAUGAUUGUCCACUCUUGAUGCCACCGCGUCCAAUACGUCGACGUUAAAGCAUCAAAAGAACGAGCUGACUACUUUAGCUUUACCUCAGAAGAUGCAUGUGGUGCAUGGAGAUGAACAGCAGCACUGCAAAUUGUCAUUGACAGCAAAGAUGGCAGCGCUAGGCUACUUGAAAUUUCCGACCGAUACAGUCAACUUUGUUGGCAAAAAACCGCCCGGUGCGGCUUUCGGAGGUGGUGGAGAUUUGAUCCCUGGCAGCAUCAUCCCUGGCAGCGUCGUUCCCGGCACCGUGGGAGGUCCGAAAGGUGGACGCUUUUCAACAGCAAAAGCAGGUCCAGCUCCUCCGAAGGCGCUCGCGACCGGUGUGGGUCUGCAGGGCAUCAACUUGAAGGCCCGGCCGAAAAAACGCAUUUUGAAGCGACCUGGGGACCCCCCGAGCCCGAAGAAGCGGAUCAGUUGGCGCGACGGAGCGCAGUCGAUGCGAAUCGUCCCGGACAGGGUCCAAGAUGGAAUGCAGUUGCUCGGGGUCGAAGCCCAGGUCGCCGCGGUGGAAGAGAGAAAGAACAAUGAAGCCGGGGGUGGAAUGAUAGACGGAGAGUAUGACGAGUGAAAAUGAUGAUGUGAUGAACUGUCGUUUCGUCCCUGAAUUGGACUUGCAUUUUUCGGCUUGUGCUCAACGCAGAUUGAUAUUAACUAUCUCGUCGACGUCAUCGAAGAUGGUGUGUCAUUGAAGAUGAAAAAGGAAAAGCUGG